AUGACAGACAACUCUCCCAAACAACACAUCGUCGUCGUCGGCGGCUCGUAUGGUGGUGUCGCCUGUGUCAACAAGCUCUUGCGCUACCUCUUAAAGGACACAAACGUGCAAAUCACUCUUAUCGAAAAGUACGUUGCGCUCACGACUCUGGUACAGAAGGACUUUGCCAAGAACCUCUGGAUCCCUUACUCCAACCUCUUCCCGAAAGGUUCACCUCACCGGAUUUGCCGUGGCCUCGUGAAGAGCAUCUACAACGAUCAUGUCCUUGUCACACCCAUUCAUGAUGGAGCCGAGUCGUCAACAUCCUCAUCCGAGCCCCAGAGGAUCAACUUUGACUACCUGGUCAUUGCAACUGGUUCGAUGAUCCCCAGUCCGGCAAAGUGGACAGUCAACAGCUCAAAAGAGGGACUUCGCAAGAUGGAUGAGAUUCGGGAGAACAUCGUUCAGUCGGAGCGGAUUGUGAUUAUCGGCGGAGGUGCCUGUGGUGUUGAGCUGUCGGGUGAAAUCAAAUACGCCUUCCCCGACAAGAGCGUCACUUUGAUCCACGACAUGCCACACCUGGUUGACUAUCCACGUUUCCCAGAGUCGUUCAAGGAAGAAGCACGCCGCUACCUGACCAAUCAAGGCGUCGAGGUCAUCCUGAACGAGCGCGCCGACAUUGAGGGUUUGAGCCGAGAAAACCCUGUCCAAAAGGCUGAGCGUGCUUUCAAGCUUCAAGGAUCCGAGAGAGUCAUCCACAGCGACCUGCAGUUCUUUUCAAUUGGUAUCAAGGUUGACACGGGUUUCAUUUCCACACUCGAGCCUCCCCCUGACAAAAUGACGUCCUCAGAGUUGCCUUCCUUCGAUCCUCAGACGCUCUUGGAUCCCAAGUCUCAUGUCAUCAAGGUCCGAUCAACAUUGCAGCUCGACCAUGAUGCCUUCCCCAAUAUCUUUGCGAUCGGAGACGUCUCCAAUGCUGACCCUGUGCCCACCUGCAUGGCCGCCGUGGCGGCUGGCGAGACGGCAGCCCGAAACAUUGUGAAGCUGAUUCGAAAGAACGAGAAGGAAGCUGCAGGACGCCAGCAUCACCACCUCCACCUACAUCAGCAUCAACCAUCAGAGGUUAAGGCUGAAGCAGGAGGCCACAACGACAAUGAGACGAGUGGAUACAGCUGCCACUCGUGGAACAAGUUGGAGAACUACCUGCCAACACAGACCCUGAUGGUUCUCGCCAUGAACCCUUCGGGUGGAGUGUCUCAUUUGCCCGUGCUUGGAACUUGGUUUGGAAACAUCCUUGCCAGGGUGGCCAAGUCGAGCGAUUUGUUCUCUGGUCGUUUCUGGCGCGAGAUGAACAUGUCCCCUCCUUGA